AGUUAUAGUCAUCUGAAAAGAGACGUCCCAAGUCACAAGCAUGAACACACAACACAGAUACCGAGCAAUGGACUUAGAUCACAGAGGCAGAAAAGAAGAAACAGGCAGAAGAAAAGUUUGAAUAAGGCGUCCAAGCCAACUGAUAACAAUUCAGCCGAGAAAAAUGUUAAUGGAUCUUCCAAUAAAAGUAAUAACGAGGCAACUAAGCAAAAUAUGAAUAAGGAAUCCAAGCCAGAAGAUAUUAAGGUAUCUGAGCAAAGUGAGAAUUGUAAGGUCUUGUUGUCCACAAAUAGAGAAAUUAUAAGUACAGUAAGUAGUGUUAUCUGUGUUUCUCAGUCGCAGCAAGAUGAAAAUUCAGCAACAGGAUCAGAGAAUGAAUGGUGUACGUCAGCAACUCGAGUUAAGCAAUACAAGUUUUCACAUGAGGCAAAACAUUUAAGUCAGAAAGAAAUAAUAGAAACAGAAGACUGUAGUGAACACAGUAAUAAGUCAAUAGAAAAUGAAAGAAAAGUUUCUCAACUUCUUCCAUUUCUAGAAGAUUUAUUUGAAAACGAUGAUUUGUUGUUAGAUAGCGAGAGUUCUGAUAAAACCGUUGCUACAGAAGUCUUACCAUCACUGAACCUUAUGACUGACUUUGAUCAGGAGCAAAAUCUAUCUUACCUGAAAUUACCAGACCCGUCUAUCCAUGAUACAGAGGAAACAUUUCCAAAAGGGUCACACAAUGUUCAGAACGGGUGUAGAUUAUUUCACCGUGAACAAUACACAUACACAACUGGAUAUCCCUUUAACACUGUCAGUACAGCGCCUCUUACACGAAUCUGCUCUUCAGUCAUAACUUCUAGAGAAGAUGAAGGAUUAUCCGAGUAUGAAUAUACUAAAGAAGUCGAAGUAGAGAGGAAACAUUUAAACGUCAGGAUAAGUUCUUUUGAAAACUAUGCAUGUUCUGAAAAUGAAGAAAAGGACUGUGAAAUAAACGAGUACAGUGAGAAACAAGUUCCAGGAAAAGAUGAAUUCAAAGAUGAUUGUACAGAUAAAAAAGAACAGAUGAAUCAAGCAAGUGAUCGGAAAAAUGUCAUUUUAUAUUCUGAACACUAUUUGAAAGGUAAUGAAAAGAAUGACAAAAAUGGGGAGUUGCAAGAAAAUGAUUCGGCAGUUGAACAGAUAGGUCUGUGGAAUACAGCUGAAAAAGUCAAUACUGUUUCAGAUGCAGAAAAGGCAGAGAUACUCGAGGCAGAUGACAGUGAAUCCUGUAAUUUUGAGGGUAGUUACUUAAUAAACUUUGAAUCAUGCACAAACAUUGAUGAAAUAUCCCAGGUAGUGGAUCACGAUGACCAUCAGUUAUGUCAAGCAAAUAUAGAAAGCUUACCGUCUGAUAGUGGAGCAUCAGGCCAUAAGUCAGAAACUCAAAGAAAUGGAAACGCAGCUGCAACAAACAUAUUGUCAAAGGAAACUGGAGCUACUGAAGUUAUUGUACAUAGUGGAAGUUCUGGACUAGAUUCAACAAAUAAAGUUGACAAAAUAUCAGAUGCCAUUAUGUCAGAUGAUUGUAAAAAUGUAGAACAAAAAGUAGAAGAAAUUAGUUGCACUGAAAAUAAAGGAAAUCCUAUCCGUUUAAAUAAUGUGUUACACACAAGUGUCCAAGUAGACGAAAUGUUUACAUUUGCUAAGGAGGAUGUCAAAGAGAAACCUUUUCGAAAAAUCUAUUCAAGUAAACAAAGAAAAUCUUCGUUGAGAAGGAGAAACAUUUACAAGAAAGGAGGUAAAAACAUGUCUGGAAAUCGAUUGUGUAAAUGCCAGAGGGAAUCCUGUAAUUGUUUUGAACAAGAAAAUGAGAACAGAUGUUUAAGUUUUAGUCAAACUGGCAGCACUACACAAGUGGGUGGAACAGUUCCAUUUACCAGUAUAGACAGUUGUAGUAAUUCGCAACAGUCUUAUUCUGCCAAUGAUAAUGUUAAGGUAAAUGCUAGAAAUGAAGAAUGUAGUCAUCAGCAUAAGUCAGCUUCUGAUAAAAAUGUGUGUGAAAAACAUAUUAGAGUCAUACAUUGUUCGGGAACAUAUGUAAGCCAGGACAGGUUCAAAUUAAAACCAAAAGCCCAAAACAGAAAAAGGCAUUUCAAAGGACUUGCCAAGAGAAGUAACAAGUCAUCAAAUGAAAGAUCGCUAGAUACGCUAGAUAUGCCGUCAGCCAUUAAUGAUAGGAAAGAAAAUGGUAAAAAGAGAUAUUGCAAAGUUUGUCACAAAUUAAAUGUUCUGUGCAAAACACAUAGGAGAACACAGAAUCCCUAUCCCAAAUAUAGAAAUUUCACCCGACAGUGUCGCACUAGAUUUGAAUCAACCAAAUCUAGAAAUAAUCAUACAAAGAGAGAAGAAAAUAAACUGGGCAAAACGGAAGAAGUAGUAUCACUUGUUUGCCAGGACUCUGGGUUUAAUUCUGGAAACUUCACUGAAUUGGAUUUCGAGCCGACAAAGUUCCCCACAUUCUGUGGACAAAGCUCUGCAAAACAGAUUCAUGAGUGCUUACUGAAAGAAAUAAAGUCGGAGAAAUUAAGUUUUGACUCCUUUCAACAAUUAAAAGUAUUACAAAAUAAUAUUGAAGAUGUAGAACGACAACUUCUUGCAAAAGAAAUCUCUAGAGAAUUGCAUAUUGAGCAUAGAAAUUUCACAAUAUUUGGAUUAGAUUCUUACUUUGAUAGAUUUAAUAAUGGUCCUCCACCUACAAUUCGUGAGCGAAUGCAAUAUGAAUGGAUUCGACUGGCUUCGUUCCAUAAUUACACGGGAAAUGGAAAUGCAUUGGCUCUUGCUAGACAUGGAUUUUACCAUGAUCACAAUGAAGGACCUAUGUCCACGAGGUGCUAUCUCUGUGAAGCUCGGCGCUCUGACUGGGAGAUGCUUGAUGACAUUUCUGCAGAGCAUAGAAGACAAUCACCAAAUUGCCCUUUCCAUGAUAACAGGGAGGAAGAAAGUAUGAACAUUUCAAUAACCUGUGGAGACAAUAGUGAUACCCCAGCUAGAUCUUCUCCAAGUAGAGCAGUGACUUCUUCUGUCACUUCAUCAUCAUCUACGAGUACAGUUGCUGCAGCUGUGAGAGAAGUUUCAAGUAGUUUCCAAGGAAUUAACAUUACCGAGACUCGCGUUGGCAAUAGUGGAGGAGAAAGCAUUUCACAUCAGCCAACAGAAGAUCCAGAGAGUAGAGAUCGUUCCCUGCUGGCAUUGUCUCAGCCGCGUACACAGCGAGCCCUUGGGCGGACAGGGUACUCUUAUUCCACUAUAAUAGCACCAAGAAGAAACAAUGUUGCUACAGGUGCUAUAAGUAAUGUUGGCAUUGAUCCUUUGAACAGUGGCUCCUCGUCUUUAGGUACAGGGAGUCGACUACCAAGUACCCGCCCCUCCUCAAUACUAGGUGGCCCAGUGGGAGCCGGUGCUUUUUCAGGUUUGAGAACAGCUGGCUCAAACACAGGUGCACUAACGUCUGUUUCAAGAGCAACAGAAGGUUUUCAACAAAGCAAUGCUACAUCAACGUCUACUGAAGCACGGCAAACUAACCCAGCACCUGGUGCUGGAGGAAGAACAGACCCUACAAUAACAGUGGUGGUAGAUAAUCCUAAACAUCCAGAUUAUGUCAAUAUAGAUUCUAGAGUUAGCUCAUACCAAGGAUGGCCAGAUUACCUGGAUCAAACUCCGAGACAGAUGUCAGAAGCAGGUUUCUUCUAUGUUGGUGUUGCAGAUUUCACUCGCUGCUAUUGUUGUGGUGGGGGUCUGCGGAACUGGGAACCAGGUGAUGAUCCCAUGUUGGAACAUACAAGAUGGUUCCCGCGUUGUGAAUAUGUCAACAAAUUGAAAGGAGAGAGAUAUGUGGCUGCAGUACAGAGACGGCAUCAAGAACAUAUGGCUGAGCAACAACGACAACAAAUAGAGAUUGCACAGAGACGAGAUGAGAAUCGUAAUCCUCCUGAUCCAAUGACAACUGAAGCUGCCGCUGUUAUGCGGGAGAUGGGCUACUCUGUAGAUCGAACAAAAGAGGCGAUCUUAGCUGUUAGACGACAAACAGGAUCAUCAAUGGUCACUACCCAACAAGUUCUAACCUGGUUACUGGACGAUGAAGAGAGGAGAUUAACUGGUAAUUCAAGCAAUACAGAAUUAGGCAUUCGACCUCCACCUACUUCUACAGCAACUUCUUUAGUAGGAACUAGCACUCCUUCCUCUGUUGUAAAUACAGGAACCAGUAUCCCAUCUUCAAUUGUACACACAGGAACCAGUAUAGGAACUUCUAUUGUGAACACGACUUCAAGCAUAUCUACUGCAACCACCAUAGUCAGUGCUGGUACCGCUACAUCUACUGUGAGUUCAUCAUCAGCUUCUAUUGCAGCCGAGGUCCAACAGUCUGCCACUUCAGCUUCUGUUACAGCAGGAGGAAACUCAUCGGCAUCUCAGAACCAUCAUACUGGUUCAGGAAAUAGUUCCAGCUCUAAUUCAGCUAGUAGAACAAGCAUAGAGAAGCAGUCUGGAGCAUCAGGUGAUGCCAGUGAGGAGUCAAAGUCCACAGCCAAAGAAGAUGCAGCUACUGCAAAAACUACCAAGAAGAAGAAUGCAAAGAAAAAGGCAAAAAAUAAAGCUGGGGCAAAAUCCGAGACAAACGGUGCUACAGGCGGAGAUUUCGAUGCAAAAUCACUGAAGGCAGAAAAUGAAAAGUUAAGAGAAAUGCAGACUUGCAAAAUAUGUAUGGAGCGGGCAGUCAACACGACCUUAUUGCCGUGUGGUCAUUUAGUAUGCUGUGAUACCUGUGCAGCACGACUACAGAGAUGUCCUAUAUGCAGAAAGAGGAUUAAGGGAACAGUGAAGACAUUCAUGUCCUGAAGAAGAGAAACGAGAAUAUGUGUUCACCAUUACAUGUGUCUCGUCUGACAAUAUGACCUAAAUAACUGAGUCUGGAAAGUUUUCAAAUACCAUUUCUACUUUCUAGAUUUUAACAGCAGAAAGCGCAGCUCCUCGGACAUGUUCUGGCCAAUUUUGGAAUGGAUAUUAUUUAAAUGAAUAAAUAGGAAAUAAUUUUCAUCUAUGGAACUCUUGAUACAAGUCAAAGCAUAUGCCAAGAAAAAACUGGAUCUCAAUGAGAGUUUCUAUAUCAUUGAGUUCGGUACCCUAAUGGUAGAGCGUCCGCUUCGAGCGCGGGAGGUCGUGGGUUCGGUCCCUGGCCGCGUCAUACCAAAGACGUAAAAAAUGGUACUAGUAGCUUCCUCGCUUGGCGCUCAGCAUUAAGAUGAUAGUACUAGGACUGGUCAGCCCGGUGUCAGUAUUAUGUGACUGGGUGGGGUAUCAUGUCACGUGUCUUCGGCGAGAUAUUCCAGUGAGGCAGCACUAUAAAGUUGGGCAGUGUGCUCACUGCUACAAGUAGACACCGUCGUUUAUAUGACUGAAAAAAUGUUGAAAAAGACGUUUAACCCGAACACACACACACGCAUGCACGCACGCACGCACGCACGCACGCACGCACACUCAUUCACUUAAUCCCAUCUGCUGUUUGAUCCACCUAAUCCAUAACAGGUUUUUCAUAAAUUUCAGCUUUAUUUGGCAAGACCAGGAUAUAAAAUACACAUCGUUCUAAAGUUCUUUGAAGGUGGGGGUAGGAUCUUUGAAAAAUGGCGUCUUUAAAUAUGUCACUUUUAUUUCUACAAUGUAAUUUUCCCACUGCAAAAAUCAGGCAAAGUCACAAUUUCGAAAAAUUUAUUAUAAUAAUUGAAAUUGUAUAAAAUGAUCUUUGCAUGGAAAGGCUGUUUUCAUGCUAGCUUAAAUAUUCUGGAAGUUUUAUAGCAAUCCAUUCACAAAAAAAGUAUGAAAAAGUUCAAUUUUUGAUAUAUUACAGUAUUUACAAUGGAAGAAACUCCAUUAAAAUAGAAAAAGUGGAAACUCCACAGGUCGCUCAACACAACAAAAACGAAAAUAAUGCAGGCUCGGUUUGAUUGAGCCUGUUCAUGGACGGUAGUGGAAAUGCUUGCUACCGUCCACGCCCUCUAGCCCCGGGUUGAGCAGAACUCAACAUUUACAUAUGCUAAAAGUACAAAAAAAAAAAAAAAACAAUUUAAAGACAUCCGCAGAUGUGUUCAUACGACGGUGCACAUGGAACCUUUUAUGUAGUCACUUUUAUGUUGUGCAUGCUAUAUUUCUGUGUUUUAAUACUGACCUCUAGGUGUCUAAUACUAAAAUACUGUGAUAGUAAUAUGUGACAUUAAAUACUGUGAUAAUACUUAAAACUAAAUUAUCUGUGAUACAUUUGAUUUAAAGGUUUAAUAUGCAAUUUAUUGUUAAAACAAAUACAUGACUUUCUGUGUCAUGCCGCCAAUAACAGGGACCACAAUGGAAAUAAGGGGAACUUUUGUAUCUCUUUUUGUGUUAUCCCUGGUAUUGGUGUGCAUUUCAUGGUUUAGAAUAUAUGUAUGAUUGUAUUAGUCUGCUUGCCACCAUAUUGUUGUUAUAUAUCAUGCAUCUGUUUUAUUGCCAUGUUUUAUAAUUGAUAUGUGUACACUUUUACUAAAUAAAAUCUAUCUAUCUA